AUUUGUCCCGAUGACGUCAUCUCUCGGCUAGUUGCCUGCUAACUGUCGGUGAGAUCAACAACAACAAUGUUGACGACUGCUGUGUUUUUCGUGUAGAACCCGUAAAGUCCAGCCCAGCUCAGAGCACACCACCCUGGAUCUCGUGUUUACCUUUGUGGCUAUCUGCAGGUGGUGGAGUGACAUAGUUUUUACAAGUCAGGAAGUGGACCGCAAGCACUGCAAUGCCUCUGCUGUUUAUGGAGAGGUUUCCAUGGCCCAGCUUGCAGACCUACACAGCCCUGAGUGUGGCUUUGCUGGCUGGAAGCAUCUUCAGUGCCUACACUACUGUCACUGACCCGGGCUUUGGGGCCUUGGAGACCGAGGAUACACCAGCUCCAUCCGAAUUUAACCUUGAACAUCAUCUAAGUAGUGCAGUUAGCAACACAGACUUGGCAAGAACUGUCCUGUGGUAUCUUGUUACUGACAGUCUCUUUGUAUGGGUCUUGGUCAACACAUUCUGCUGUUCUUUAAUGUUAAUUGCUAAAAUGAUCCAGUAUGUGGUGUUUGGGCCACUCAGAGUCAUUGAAAAGCAGCAUCUCAAGGAUAAAUUCUGGAAUUUCAUCUUUUACAAGUUCAUUUUCAUAUUUGGAGUAUUGAACGUGCAAACUGUGGAGGAGGUGGUCAUGUGGUGCUUGUGGUUCUCUGCCCUCGUUUUUCUACAUCUCAUGGUACAGCUCUGCAAAGAUCGUUUUGAAUAUCUGUCUUUCUCCCCGUCCACUUCUAUGAACAGCCAUGUGAGGGUGCUCUGUCUGCUGGUCUCCCUGCUCCUGGACUGCUGUGGCCUGGCUGUGGUGUGUGGUCUGCUUGGAGCUUCUCAUGGCAUGCACACACUCUCUUUUAUGGGUGCAGAGUGUUUGUUGGUGACUGUGCGCACUGGACAUGUUAUUAUGAGGUACUCCAUCCAUCUGUGGGAUCUGAACCAUCCAGGAACUUGGGAAAGCAAAGGCACAUAUGUGUAUUACACAGACUUCAUCAUGGAGCUGUCUAUGCUGUUUCUGGAUCUUAUGCACCACAUCCACAUGCUUCUUUUUGGAAACAUCUGGCUUUCCAUGGCGAGCUUGGUCAUCUUUAUGCAGCUGCGCUACCUAUUCUAUGAGGUCCAGCGCCGCAUCCGCAGACACAAGAACUACCUACGAGUCAUUAACAACAUGGAGGCCAGGUUUGCUGCUGCUACUCCAGACGAGCUGGCAGCCAAUAACGAUGACUGCGCCAUCUGCUGGGACGCCAUGCUUACGGCACGAAAACUUCCAUGCGGUCAUCUCUUUCACAACUCUUGCUUGCGCUCCUGGCUUGAGCAAGAUACGUCGUGUCCCACAUGUCGAACUUCGCUAAACAUCAAUGGGGACGGGGUUCAGGUGAGAGGUCAGCCGCAGGGUGGUGCUAUGGAGGAUAACGUUGGUCCUGCUGGUGCUGCUCCGGAAGGGAGACCACACAUCAACCAUCACAAUCACUUCUUCCACUUCGAUGGAUCCCGUAUUGCCAGCUGGCUGCCCAGUUUUUCAGUGGAAGUGAUGCACACCACUAAUAUUUUGGGCAUCACGCAGGCCAACAACUCUCAGCUCACAGCUAUGGCCCAUCAGAUUCAGGAGAUGUUUCCUCAGGUGCCCUCCUACCUGGUCAUGCAGGACCUGCAGCUGACCCGUUCUGUAGAGGUCACCACUGACAACAUUCUCGAGGGACGAAUCCAGGUGCCCUUUCCUGUCCAGGCUAUAGAACACGCUCCUCUACAAGGGAACCCGGCACCAGAUGAGUCCGCGGGCCCCGGCGGGGCAGCUGAGCAGAGCCUCGCUGAGUCGGACAACAUGGAGGUCAGAGGUGGUCGCUUCUCCAAGUCUGCUGAGGAGAGGCAGAAGAUGCUGAAGCAGAGGAAAGAGGAGAUGCUUCAGCAUGCUCGCAGGAGGUAUCUGAAUAAGAACGAGGAGGACCAGGAGGAGGAUUUUCCCAUCCUGGAAGAGGACUCGUUCCCAGACCUGGACUUGACUGUGCUGAGACGCAGAACCAUGGCAGAAGCUGCAGAGCGACGCAUGCAGAACCAACAAGAACCCGCACCCUGACACAGCAGGAGACUGAACCUCCACAUCACCCGGACAGGCAACAAGAGAUCAGUUACAACCUCCCCCCAUUCGGUGUUUGUAGUCAGUGGUCAUCAGCUGUUCAAAACUGUCAUUAAAAAGCAUAGCAGAGAUGAGCUGUGGACUGUUUUAUGCUGCCUAAUCAAGGUGAGACUGUUUCCUCUGAGUAUUUGGAGCAUCAUCUAGACUGAUGGGUAGAUGCAGGUCAGGACUUGCAGAUUGCGUUGCCCAUCGUUCAUGUGCCACACAUUGCAACCAGCAGCUUAGACAGUAUCUUCCAUGAUUUGGAUGUGCUGUCAGAAUAAAGCACCAUUUACUUUACAAAAAGUAAGAUAUAUUUUACCAGAAAGGUUAGAAGUUGUCAUUUGUAGACGAAGCUACGAGUCUUUUCUUCCCAUUUCAUAUUUUGGUCACUUGUUUAGCUCAUGGCUGAAAGCUCUGUAGUCCAGAUGAUCAUCUGGUGUAUCUGCGUGUUUCUUUUAAGAGUUUCAACUGUGAAUUUAGUAGCAACAUGUUUUAAUUUCUUACCUCGGAGUAAGAGAAUGUCACUUUAAUGUUGGUCAGCCUUUCAGUCACACAUGAAUGUUUCUGUAUAAUAAUGAUGCUGCAGACUUAAGUGUUUUUGACCCGCUUGGGUUGUUUUCUGUCAGGUUUGUUUUUAUUUACAAGAGGGGGAAGUUGGGAUGUACAUUUAUUUGUUUUCUAACAUUUUUACCCUGAGAUACAUAGGCAAGGAAUGGGAGAUUUGUCUUCUCUUUGUUACCCUCCACUGAACAGCAAACAUAUGUAAUCUUAAUUGGGGAUCCAUGUCAGGUUAAAAUAGUUUAAAAAGAGGCAGAAGAGUUACAAAUCAAAUGUUUUAAGUUGAUUUCAUUCAUUCAUUCAUAACACCUUCAGUUUUAUGGCUGAAGCUUCUUUUGCUUUGACUGGAAAGGAUGAGCCCUCUUGUUUCCAAACUCGUUUAAAGCCAGUUAAAUGUGAUUACCCUGGACUUGCUGCUUCUGUACAGCAAGAUUAAGAAUCUGAGGAUAUUUGGAUUUAAGUCUUUUUUUUUGUCUGAUCAUUCUGCAACAUGCUGAUUAAACACAUCCACUAAAACAGCGGUGAACACCAGCUGCUCAUUAUUUAGGUAAAGUGCAGUACUGGACAGCACAGCCUGACUUUCUGAAACAUAGGAAUUCAUCAAAUUUCACAGAAUUUAUUGCUGAUUGAGACAUAUCAAUGGACGCCAAGUGGAGAUUGUGUCAUCCGAUUAUUUAGUUUCUCUAAUUACAUUACGAACAUUCGUCUGGGUGAGAGGUGUGACCGGUGACUUUGUGUACAUACUUAUCCCAAAGAUCAUCUAACAAAUCCACUGAAAGCUGAAGUGUUGUGACUUUUAUUGUGUUUAUUUUAAUACUCAAACUCUGAGGUGAUAUUUUAAGUUAAAAGAUUUAGGUUUUCAAUUUUAAUUUAAGAAAUGUAAAAUAAAUGCACAGUUCCUUUUAGUUUAUUGUUUUACUUGGCAACUUGAAAAGUCUGGUAUAUUUUCCUGCUCAUGGUUUACCUUUCAUAACUAUUACCUAUUUAAUCAAAAAUGAAUUGUUUUGGACUGAGCUUUCCCAUAUGUUGUGCCUAAAUCAAGGGUGGUUCGGUUAGUAAUGUCUAUAAAUCUAGCUUUUUGUAAAAUAUGUUAAUAUGAAAGACUCAAUAAAAAAAGAGCUUCUCUGGCUUUUUAAGAAA